GAAUCCUCUGGUUCUCGGUGCUUUAAGGAUGUCUCAGCUGCCCAUGUUUUCCCGAUCUUCCUUGCUUCUGCUUUGCAUCCUGGCUACCACUCUGCUGACCUCGGGGUACCCUCGACCUCUUCUACAGCUCAGGUCUGAAAAAAAAGAUGUUGAUUUAAAAAUUGUUAUUUUUAUUAUAAAGCUUGUCUAUCAUGUGCUAACCUUUCAUCUGUUCUUCUAUGUUUUUAGCAGUCCAGACAAUUCAGAUGAGGUGACAGAAGAUGACUAUGAUGUCCACCUUCCCUAUUUCUCACUUCACAACUGGGGAAUUGAGCUGACGUCAGCACCUGGCCUCAUGGCAGCAGCCAAUAGCAAGCCACGUUUAAUUGGUAGGGUGUGGCUGUCUGGUCCCAAGUCCCAGCUUUCAGAAGGUGAAGAGUCCAGGAUGGAUAAAGGCUGGCCGGCUGAGUGGAGCCGUGGCUCCGUGGGUAAGAGGAACAUGGUGGUAGCAGACGACGCAGCCUUCAGAGAGAAGAGCAAGCUGCUCACAGCCAUGGAGCGACAGAAGUGGCUCAACUCCUACAUGCAGAAACUGCUGGUUGUUAACACAAAAUGAUCA